ACUUAUUCAUGCUCAGGUCUGUUUCUUCUGAGAUGUACUAAUCCUUCCCAUCCUUGCUUAGCCUUCCGCGUCCUGGCCUAAGGAAAUUGGCUUGCUUAGGAGUAUCGCGGCUUGACAAGACCCUCGUGGGAGAGUGACAGAGGCACGAUGCCUCGUUUGUGGUUCUGCUGGCUGCUGGCUGCCGGUCGUGCCGUUGCCGCUGGGCCGAAGCAUGGCGAUCUCGAUGGGAGUGUCUUUGACUACGUCGUGGUCGGGGGAGGCACGUCCGGGCUGGUGGUCGCCAAUAGGCUGACGGAGGACCGGGAGACUACCGUCCUUGUGAUCGAGCGGGGCGACUUUGACGACAAGCCCGAGGCCGUUGUGCCCUGGUUUUCUAAUGCGGUGGAUGAGAGUGUCAUGAUGCGCGUCCAGUCGGCUCCCAACCCCGAGCUGAACAACACGACAUCGUCCGUGGCGGUUGCGGCUGUCGUGGGCGGCGCGUCCGUGGUCAACGGCAUGGGCUACGCCCGCGGUGACAGGGCCGACUACGACGCCUGGGAGGAGCUGGGCAACCCAGGCUGGGGCUGGGAGGGCUUGCUUCCGUAUUUCCGGAAGAGCACCACAUUCAUCCCCCCAUCCCCGGAGACGGUCAGGCGCUGGAAUGUCACCUGGGAUCCCACCGUGUACGGGGACGGCCCAGUGCACACGCAUAUCUCGGACUUCCGGUAUCCCGACCUUGCCGUCUUUUGGACCGCUCUCAGACAGCAGCCGGGCCUUGUGCUGCUGCCCAGCUUCAACGCCGGUUUGGGCCCGGGUGCGUCCUGGUCGCCGGAGACCAUCGAUGCCCGCACCAUGACCCGCUCGACGUCCCGGUCGGCGUACUAUGAUCCGGUCAACGCGACGAGGCCGAACCUACACCUCGUCACGGGUCAGACCGCCACCGAGAUCCUCUUCGGCCCCGACGACCACAAGCCACUGCGGGCUAGGGGCGUCCGGAUCGUGUCGCGCACCACCGACAAUAUUGUCCGCACCGUCUACGCAAAGAAGGAAGUCAUCCUCGCGGCGGGCGCCAUCCAAACCCCGCAGCUGCUCCAGGCCAGCGGCAUUGGCCCGGCAUCCGUGCUGCACGCGGCCGGGGUACGCGUGAAGAAGGACCUGCCGGCCGUGGGCGCCAACCUCCAAGACCACGCCACCACGCUGCUGCGCUUCUCCCUCGCCCACCAGUCCUUCCCCAACCCAGACACCAUCGCCACCAACGCCACCUACAACGCCACCGUCUGGGCGGAAUACCUGGCCAACCGAACGGGGCCCAUCGCCUCCGGCAGCGGCAACACCCUGGUAUCCUACUCCCUCGACCAGCUCAUCUCCCCGGCCAACGCCUCCUCGCGCGCAGCGCGUCUCCUCGCCCAGACCCCGCUGUCCUUCCUUCCGAAUAUCUACGCCACCUCGCCCACCCUACUACAAGGCUUCCUCGCGCAACGCGCCAUCCUCGCCCGGCGCUUCUUCAACUCCUCCGACUCGGCCAUCACCGCCACCCCCUUCAGGGGAAACGGCCUCUCCCCGGCCCCGCUGCUGCACCCGGUCUCCCGCGGCACCGUCACGCUCAACAUAAACAACAACAACAACAACAACAACAACAACAACAACAACAACAACAACAACAACAACAACAACAACAACAACAACAACAACAACAACAACAACAACAACAACAACAACAACAACAACAACCUGACCAGCGGCGGCGGCGGACUGCCCACGGUGCGCUAUCACACGCUCCAGAACCCGCUCGACGCAGAGAACGUCGUGUCCAUCGUGCGGCGGGCCAGGCAGUUCUGGGCCAGUCCGGAGAUGGUGGCCAAGUUCGGUCCCGAGCUGAGGGAGGUUGCGCCCGGGGAGGAGCUGCAGACGGACGAGGAGAUUCUGGCCAAGCUGAGGGCGGACCGCGGCGUGUUCUGGCCCAGCCUUGCUCACCCCUCGGGCACGUGCGCGAUGAUGCCGGAGCGGUGGGGGGGUUGUGUCGGGCCGGAUCUGAGGGUGCAUGGCGUGGCCGGGCUGAGGGUGGUGGAUGCGAGUGUGAUGCCGUUGAUUGUGGGGUAUGGGCUGCAGGCGACGGUAUAUGCGGUUGCGGAGAAGGCGGCGGAUUUGAUUAAGGCUGGUGGUGGUUAGAAGUUUAGACCUUUGGAGAGUUGGGGUGGUGGGAUGGAAGGGAAGGUGAAGAUUUCCAUGUCGAGGCUCAUGGUCUUGCUAGUGAUCUGAAUAAGCGGAAGACAAAAGAAGACAUCUAAUCUGGUGAUUCUUCGAAGACUUGAGGAUGUAGGACCUUGUCAGUGAUACAGUUCGUUGGUUGAACGCCUCAGACUGACCAG